CCCACACCCACGUACCCUCCGCCCACCCGCAUCCGCACCCGCAUCCGCAUCCCCAGGCGCAUCCCUCGCUACCCGCCAUGCAGCAGCACCACCUGCAACAGCAGCAGCAGCAGCAACAACAGCAGCAGCAGCAGCAACAGCAGCAGCAGGAGCAACAGCAUCUGCAGGAGCAGCAGCAUCUGCAGCAACUGCACCACCAUGCGCACCACCACCUGCCUCAGCCUCUGCACACCACCAGCCAUCACCACAGCGCGCAUCCCCACCUGCAGCAGCAGCAACAACAGCAGCAGCAGCAGCAACAUGCAGUCGUCGCCUCUUCGCCCUCCUCGGUGCUCCAGCAGCAGCAACAGCAACAGCAGUCGACUCCCACCACACAUUCCACGCCCACGCAUGCGGUCAUGUACGAGGAUCCUCCACCUGUGCCAAUUGUCGCCGUGCAGCAACAACAUCUUCCCGCACCGCAGCAGCAGCAGCACCCACAGCAGCAGCAGCAACAGCUGGCGACAACACCGGUGGCCGGCGCCCUUAGUCCCGCCCAAACACCCACUGGACCCUCCGCCCAACAACAGCAACAGCAGCAGCAGCAACAUCUCACAUCGCCCCACCACCAGCAACUGCCGCAGCAGCAACAGACCCCAAAUAGUGUUGUCAGUGGCGCCUCCGCGAGUCUCCAGCAGCAACAGCAGAAUGCUGCAGUCGCCCCUGGCCAGACACAGAUCGUUGCGCCGACCACGGCCAGUGUUUCUCCCUCCAGUGUUAGUUCUCAGAAGGAAGACAUCAAUAUGUCCAUCCAAUUAGCGCCGCUGCACAUACCCGCCAUCCGGCCCGGUCCGGGAUUCGAUUCGGACGCCUCGGCGGCGGUCAAGCGGCACACGGCCCCCUGGCCCUACAACGACGACUUCAACCAGUACCACGCCUCCGCGUCGACGUACUACGACCGCAAGCACAUGUUCUCCUACUACCCAGAGACCCAGUUUCAGCAGUACUGGCCGCCCAACUACCGCGCUGAUCAGACGACCUCCGCGGCGGCGGUGGCCUACAUGAACGACGCGGAGCGCCACGUGAGCGCCGCCGCCCGCCAGUCCGUCGAGGGCACCUCGACGUCCAGCUACGAGCCGCCCACCUACUCCUCGCCGGGCGGACUGCGCGCCUAUCCCAGCGAGAACUACUCCAGCUCAGGAGCCUCCGGUGGAUUGUCGGUGGGUGCAGUGGGUCCUUGCACGCCCAACCCGGGACUGCACGAGUGGACCGGCCAGGUGUCCGUCCGGAAAAAGCGGAAGCCGUACUCCAAGUUCCAGACCCUGGAGCUGGAGAAGGAGUUCCUCUUCAACGCGUAUGUGUCCAAGCAGAAGCGCUGGGAGUUGGCCAGGAAUUUGCAGCUGACCGAGCGACAGGUCAAGAUAUGGUUCCAGAAUCGCCGCAUGAAGAACAAGAAGAACUCGCAGCGGCAGGCCAAUCAGCAGAACAACAACAACAACUCGAGCAGCAACCACAACCACGCGCAGGCGACCCAGCAGCACCACAGCAGCCACCACCUGAGCCUCGGCCUGAACAUGGGGCACCAUGCCACCAAGAUGCACCAGUGACCCUUGGACAACAGCAGCGCGGGCGCCAUGGGCUUUGCCACCUACUAGCAGUUAGCCAACCCGAGUUCGGGGAACCCCAACUCGAAUCCCAACCCCAAUCCCAUG